CCGCCAUCUUGGGCCCUGGCACCUUCUUGGAGCUUUGGGAGGAGCAGGCUGACCCACGCUGGGAACUCAAUGGAAAGUAGAUGCACCAGUGGUCUCAUCAACUGUGAAUGUUUCCUCGUGUUUCUCAGAACAUGAAUCCUUCAUCUCCAUUACCAACAUUUUUAGAUAUGGAUAUGACAAUAUCACAUAUAGAAAUUUGUCCAAAGGACAUUCUGGUGAGAUUUCAAGGCAGAAGUAACACUGAAAGUGAAUUUGACUACCACAUACUGCAAAGGGAAAUACAGCAUAUUCCAAAAGUAAAAAAAAAUGUGGACAUCAAUGAAUUUUGUUUGGUAGAAGAAAGAGCAUCUGGAGAAUGGCAGAGAGGAAGAGUUUUGGAAAAGAAAAAUGAACUCUACACAGUGCUCCUCAUAGAUCGUGGAGACGAACUCAGAGUCAGUAGUAUGCAGGUCGCCUCGGCGUGUGGCAAGUUAUUUGAACUACCACCACGGAUAGUAUUUGGUGUUUUUGCGAACAUACUACCAGUUGGAGAAAAGUGGUCUCCGAGGGCUUUGAAUUACUUCAAGUCACUAGUAGGCCUGCAGGUGAAAGGCUGUAUACAAGCUUUGUUUCCUCUUCAAAUGAUUCUUCUUGAAGUGCCAAAAAUUAUAUCCCAGGUUCUUGAAUUAAAAUUAGGAAGACUUAUUGAUGGGGAUUCGUUUUGUCUUAUUGUUGAAAUGUCAAAAGAACUUCCACAACAAAUGCCUGAGUUAUUACAACAUAAGAGCCCUGAAUCAUCACUAAGUAAUAAUGACACUUCACUUGAUAUCCAACACGUUCUGGAUAACUUGCAGCCAACUUUGUCAGUAGGUAGCAUCGAAAGUGUAAAGGUGUCAUCGGCACUGAGCCCACGUAAAUUUUACUGUCAGUUAAUUAAAUGGAUUCCAGAGUUGGAAGACUUGACCGUGUGCAUGAGUUUGCACUAUGACAUUCCCAGUCAGGAGAGCAGCCCCACGUGUGACAAUUUUGGGCUACUUUGUGUUGCCAGACGGAGAGAUGGGCGGUGGCACAGAGGCAUCCUUCAGCAGCUCCUGCCCAAUAAUCAAGUGAGGAUUCGGUUUAUGGAUUACGGCAGCAGCGAGACUAUUCCCUCGACUCAUGUAAAAAAACUGAAACAGGACUUUAUUUCAGUGCCAUUAUUUUCAUUUCCAUGUUCUCUGACAUAUUUGCAUAAUCCAGAUAUGGACUCAAGGAAACUUCAACUCAGGGUAUUUAAACAAGCUUUGUUAGGGCAAAUAGUAUAUGCACACAUCGAUUGGCUCAAUAAGGAUGAACAUGUGUAUUAUGUAACAUUACAAACUCAAGAGCCUGCAAUGAAUUCUAAGUGUCCGCUGAAAACUUUAGGCACACAAGUACUUUGUCCAGUGUCUGACUUAAAAAUCCCUAAUAUGUUGAGAGACACUUGUGCUUUUGAUGUAAACAGCUUUGCAGUUGAGAGUUUCAUUGGAAAUACUGAACGGUUGAUACACUCCUUAAAGAAAAACAAUACUUUGAAAGUAGAUUUUCCUAUUAAAAAUAUAGGAAUGGAGAUAGACACUGCCUACAUAGCUUCCGUGGCAUAUGUAUUAAACCCAUCAAAUUUCUGGGUACGCAUCAAUGAACAUCAGAAUGAAUUUCAAGAUGUAAUGAAAAACAUAAACAAAUUCUAUGAUAUACAUGAAAAUGAUGAACUAAUUCUAAGAAAUCCAGAGCCUGGCUUAUUUUGUUGUGCACGAUAUAGCAAGGACAGGUGUUUUUACAGAGCUGUUGUCACUGAAAUUAAUGGUUCUAAGAUCGAUGUUUAUUUUUUGGAUUAUGGAAAUACUGACUCCAUACCAUCUUUUGAUGCAAGAACUCUGCUUCCAGAGUUUUGUGAGUUGCCUGCCUUGGCCAUGUGCUGUUCACUUGCACAUAUAUUUCCUGUUGAAGAUAUUUGGGUGAAGGCAGCAACUGAUUAUUUUAAAAAAAUUAUCUUGAACAAAGAAAUUUUGCUUCAAGUUAUAGGAAAAAAAGAUGACAAGUACACUGUAAAUAUCCAGAGUAUUGAAGCCUCAGAAAAUAUGGAUGUUGUCUCUCUUAUGGUACAAGCUGGAUAUGCAGAAUAUUGGGAAGUAGAGCCAGAAUGUUAUCCACGACCUAUAUAUCAGUGUUCAAUGAUAAAUUUAAAAUCGAAAAACAAAGUUCAUAUUAAAAAGAUCUUAUCUGCCCUUCCUAAAGGAUGUAAACCUAAAAAAUCUUAUUCAAAUAAGCUAAAAGAAAGUAAUUUGUCUUUGUUAAAGUCGCCAGCUGUUAAUCUCUCAAAUUUCAAAAAUCCUUCCACCGUGUCUGUACAUCCUGAGUCACCAUGGCCUUAUAAAGAAUAUAUGUUUAAACCAGGAACAGCCCUUGAAGUUAAGUGUUCUUAUUCCCGUGGCCCAGGUGACUUUUCAUGCCAGCUUCAGUGUAAGUUAGAAGACCUAAAAUUACUGAUGGAACAGAUUCAGACUUACUACAGCAUUCAUCCCGACCCUUAUCAGAUUGGGCAGAUCGCGUGUGUUGCUAAGUAUUCCAAAGACAGGAAGUGGUACAGAGCUGCUGUUUUGACUCAAGUAUCAAAUAAAGAAGUCGAUGUGGUAUUGGUUGAUUAUGGUUAUCAGGAAAGAGUUUUAAUUAAAGAUCUUUGUGCGAUUAACCCACAUUUUCUUUUUUUAGAAGGCCAAGCCUUCAGGUGUAGACUUAACCAUUUGGUUGACCCCACUAGUUGUACCUUACUAAGCUGGACAGAGGAAGCAUACAGAGACUUUGGGAAUUUUAUUUCUCGGUCUAGAGGGUUAUUGACUUGUGUCAUCUGUGCCUUGAUUAUUUUACAUUCAAACCAUUUAUGUAAUUUGGUGGAUUUACAGUCUCCACUUACCAGUGCAAAAGAAUUUCUUAUUAAUCAUGGCUCUGCCCAGUAUAGUACGUUAUUAAAGCCAUUCCCAUCUUCAGUUAGUCUUUACAGUUACUGUUAUUCCUCCUUUAAUAUAAAAAUUGGAAGUGAGGAAGAAAUGUAUAUUUCCCAUAUAUAUAGUCCCAAAAAGUUUUACUGCCAACUUAGUAGAAAUAAUAAAGACCUAGAGAUGAUAGAAACAAAAAUCACCGAGAUCAGCCUCAACAAUUAUCCAAAAUAUUCUAGCAAAAAGAGAUUGUGCUUAUGUAAAUAUGCAGAGGAUGGUCUGUCUUACAGAGCUUUAGCAGUGCCGAAGUCAGGUUCAUUUUCUGACUUUCUAGUUUAUUUUGUGGACUUUGGAAAUAAGCAGUCAGCAGAAGGAAGUAUGUUGAGGGCUAUUUCCGAUCAGUUUCCAGAGUUGCUGUAUAUACCUGUGCAAGCUGUUAAGUGCUUUUUGUCAGACCUUAGAGAUGUAGACAUUCCAGCAGAAAUCAGUAGUUGGUUUGAAGAUAAUUUCUUGGGGAAACCAUUAAGGGCAGUGGUACUGUCCAGGGAGUCAGACGGCCAGCUUGGUGUAGAAUUGUUUGAUGGGUAUCAACAUAUAAAUCAGAAAAUUAAAAUGCUGCUUCAUGCAUAUGGAAAAAAACAUUGUGACCCAGGACACUGUAUGGAAAAGGGUCAUAAAAUAAAUGAGAACAAGAGACUUGCUGUUUCUUUGAAAGGCAAAAUAGAAAACUAUCACCAUGAUGUGAUGAAUAAACCUUGUCUAGUAACAUAUUCUGAAAGCAAAAUACAUCAGUUAAUGAAUUCCAAAAGUAUAUAUGCCAGGCUUUUGAAACCAUCAGUUUGUUAUAAAAUUGAACCUGGGUCUAAAAACAAAGUAAAGAAGUCUUUGAACAGUAGAGUUAAAAAUAAAGGUGUAAAAAUUGUCCCUGGAUCCGCACCUACUGAUAAAAAUACUGUGGGUGAGGCAUCAGCAAGGGCUGGAUCACAGUCUUGUAUCAGAGAAUUACACCAAGUAACUUCACAGAACCUGUGUAGUCUUGCAAGACCACAGAUGAAAGACCUUCCUCAACCCCAAAUUUACUUGAAUGCCAAAGUUAAAGGCUAUGUUUCUAAUAUCAGUAACCCAGCAAGUUUCCACAUUCAUCUUGCCGAGAAUGAAAAUUUAAUCAUCAGACUUGCAGAUGCUCUAAAUGAAAGAAGAGCAGAUAUAGCGAAUGAGAGAAAAUCAGUUCAACAUAGGGUGGGAGAUCUUGUCAUUGCAGAAUAUUCUGCUGACAGUGCCCUGUACAGAGCAGUAAUUAAGAAAAUUUUGCUAGGAAAUUUAUUUGAAGUGGAAUUUAUUGACUAUGGCAAUACCGAAGUAGUAAACAUAUCUAAAGUUUAUGAACUUAAGAGAGAAUUCUUAACUAUUCCUCAGCUAGGAAUCCAUUCUUUCCUUAGCGGAGUGAAGUGGAAUGAACCUGGUGACAUAUGGGACCGCAAAACUGUAGAUUACUUUGCUUCCACAGUAAGUGACAGAGCAGUUUCCUGUGAAUUUCUGAAGAAGCAUGAGCAGAAGUGGGAAGUAAAUAUAAUUUGUGAUGAAAAAAGUGUCAUUAAUGAACUACUGAAAUGGACAGCCUGCUCAAAAUUACAGAAAACAGCGUUGCAAAUGCCUCAGGUGGUUUCUAAGCAGGUAAGCCCUGGUAGUGAGAAUGAAAUAAAGGAAGGAAGACCCUGUGGAUCUGAAAGUCCUGGGCUCCUUCAGCCAUCUCACCAACAGCUGGUUACCAUCCCUUUUGAGCACUUAAGACCUGGACAACUCGAAGAGGCUGAAAUUCUUGAUGUUUCAGAAAGUGGGGAAUUUUACGUGAAGUUAUCUAAAAAUAAAAAGAAAUUAUCAGAUUUAACAGAAUCAAUUGCUGAAGAAAUAAAAAAACCCCUUUCAUCAAUGGAAAAUAUUGAAAAAGGCUUAGAAUGCUUGGCAAAAUCUGAAAACACUUUGAAGUGGUAUCGAUCAAAAGUAGAAGAAAUGCGUGUUGAGGAGAAAGUGCUUGUUUUCUUAGUGGAUUGUGGUCGAUAUGAAAUCGUGCCUUCAGGUAAUAUCAGGGUGCUCAGAAAUGAGAUCAGAAAUAUUCCAAGACAGGCUGUGCCUUGUAGAUGGAUUUGGUCUGAAAAUUUUAGGAACAUGCCAUUUGAGUCCACUGUGCAUUUAUUUGCUCAUUUGGAAAUAGACAUCCUCUUCCUGAAACAUGUAGACUCUGCCUGGGAAGUGGAAGUUUUGGUAGAUGGCCUGUUACUUUUGGAAUUUUUAAACUCCCAUACAGUUCAUGUUGAAGAAAACAAACUUAGAUCUUCAGAAAUUAUUUUUGACGUGACACCUAGGACUCCAGUGUUGCCACACACGAUGAGAUCCUUUACCAGGGCGCAGCUCGAGAACGGGAGGCGAUACUCUGGCAUUGCCACCGCUGUUGCUGAUCCGUCAGACUUCUGUGUUCAGCUGGAAGAGUUCUUUGACACAAUGAAGUCUGUUUUUACAUUGCUUUCUGAUCUGCCAGAAAACUUACCAGCAGUGUCUCCAGAGCACAUACUCUCUGGUUCUAGUUGUUUGUUCAGAUGUGAAUUAGAAGAUCAAUGGAAUAGAGUAGAAAUUUCUCAAGUUUCUGAUCAGUCUUUACUUAUCGUGCUGGUUGACUAUGGAUUUUCCGUUUACAUACCUUAUUCAGAUGUAAACAAUCUUAAAGUUGUUCCCGAGGAACUUCUGAAUUUGCCAAGGCUGAGUUAUCCUUGUGUCUUACAUGGGAUCUUACCUGCUAAAGGGAAACAUUGGGAUAAGGAAGCCAAAAAUUGCUUCCUAGAUUUCCUGAGUAAACCAGGCUUAGUUUUUCAGUUUAGGGAAUAUAGUUUUGAAACAAAACUGAAAGUAGAUGUCAUUUGUGACAAAAACAAUCUGGCCGAUAUCUUAGUUGCAUCUGGUCUUGCAAUGUAUUCUGAAGAUUCAGAUCAUCUUGACAUCACUUCUACUGGAUCUACUAAAAUGCAAUACGAAUUACAGAGGAAGCCUAUUUGCCCAUUGUUAGGUCACAGUUGUUACAAAAGAGAAAGUAUCAAUCAUUCACGCACCAAGAAACAGAAGCCCAGAAAGCAGAAAACUGUAAAUAGGAAAGAUGUCUGUAAGAACCUCUUAAGGAAAAGCCAAAAACAUAAUCCCCAAAGCGCCUUUACGUUUGAUGAGCGAGCUGCAGCUUCAUUCUGGGAACGACCUAGUGGUUUGAAGAACAACACCAAUUGCAUUGAAAACCUAUUUGAAAAGCUACCAGUUGAAGAAAUACAGAAAAAUAACACAAUGGACCUGAAUACAGCCAUAAAGGCACUGCAUGCUAGUGAAAAAACAGCAGGAGAACAGUUAAAAGGUCUUCGGAUCAAGAGGAACUCAACUGAGAAUCCAAUGCCGGGGAGCCUAAUCUGCCCUUGGACCUGAUUUAAAGGAUGAAGUGUGAACUGUGCCGAUGGCAUAAUGGACUGAGACUCUGGGGGUUCUGGGGAGGGGGCAGUGUAUUUCUCAUGUGGGAAUGAUGUGAGUUGUUGUGGCCACAGGGGAGACUAUGCUACACUGUAUUCUCCAAAGAUGGCCACUGUAAUAUUUCUCACCUCACAGGCUUUCAUCUAGUGCGACCUUACCAUGCCCCAUCAAGAGGUCUGAUGGGUCUGGGCUGGCAUGUGGCUCUCCUGAUCAAAGCAGAGGGUCAAAGUGAUGCCAUGUGACCUUAUGAGGCUGGGUCACAAACAGUGAUGGCAGCUUUCACCUCUCUCCCACCUGGUGCCCUGGCCCAUCACGCAGGGAAUUCAGCUGCCACACCCAGGCUGGGAGGAAGCCCCAGCCACACAGGUAGACCAGGUAUAAGGACCCAGCUGGACAGCUGCCUGCUGUUCUGGACCCCAGCUGUCUGAGGUGCCCUUGCUGAGGCCGUGAGCAUCAAGCAGAGAGGAGCCAACUUCAUCCUGCCAUUCAUGUCCACAUUCCUAAGCUAUAGGAUCCAGGAACCUGAUAAAAUAGUUGUAUUUUAUACCCUAAGCUUUGGGGUAGUAACUGGAACAACCACAUUAUAAGACUCGUUAGACCUUUUAGUGUUAAAGUGGCUUCAUAAUGAGUAAAGUAGGAGUUUAAAUGAAAAAGUUGAUGAUACACAUUUUAGCUGUCUAGUGUCUUGCUUAUUUAUUCAUUUAUUUGGUUUUAGGGUACGAAGUUAUAUGGCUAUUUGUGACUUCUAGAUCGUUGAUGUGUGACUGCACAUUAGUUUGUACUGGUUUAUUUGUAAACUUUACAUUUAAUUGGUAUUUUGUUCUCCUACUUGAUGGAAAACUCAAUAAAUAUAAUAAUCCUUUUAGUUUGCCUCUAUAUUUUCCACAUAACUGAUAUGAGGUAAAUGCAUAUUGAUUGACAGCAUUAAAUUUUAUCUUUUCAGAGGACAUAUGUCAGAAGCUUUAAAAAUAAUGUGAAAUGUUAUAGAUGCUUUAAGAAAUGGGGAAUUGUAUAUCAAUAUUAACUCCUACUAAUAAGGGUUAUAGUCUAUCUUCCAAGGAACUCCAUUCCUGGUAAACUGUACAUCUAUUUGAAUAGUUUUACGUGGUAAAGAUUGGAGAUAAAAAGAACAAAUGUUUCUAGCAGUCAAGAAAAUGUUUGUAUAAUUUCUUGGAGGGUUUUACUGACACCUAGUGGCAGUCAGUCCCGUAUGGUUUCAAUUCCUGUUAGCUUUGCUCUACUCAUCCAUCCAUGGCUGUCUUCUCUUGAUUUUUGACUUUUUUUUUUUAAGGAAAAAAGAUAUUUCAGGUGUCUAAAGUGAGACUAGCAAU